CUUUUUUUGAAGGUCGCGGGGCACUAGGGCCGUAUGCGGUAUAGCGGCCUCGAAUCGAUCCGCCGGUCGAGAUGCCCGCCGAAGCCUCACCUGGGACAGGACAGGAACGAGUGUCAACUGUCUGUCGAAGCCAUUCUAUCGAGGGGUCGCUAUCUUCUCUGUCUUUCUUUCACACUGCCGCAGCUGUUCAUCCCUACACAGUCUUUUGUACGAGGCGGCUGUCUCACAUUCAACGGUGGAUCAGACAUCUCACCUGUGCCUAGUCAUUCGAGAAUCGCUCGAAGCUUCCCUCUGUGCGCAAGUAUCCUACUGUUGCGACUCGAUUCUGCCGCAUUUCGACACAUUACAAGUCUUGUUUUGCUCAGCAGAGAUUAAUCACUGCUCAUCAAUUUCUCCAGCAAUCGUUCCUCGACCAGAAGCUUCCCGACCCUUGUUGGCACAAUUGUAAAGACGGUCGAGUCGGCCAAUAAUAUUCACGAUGGAGCCAAAUCCAUCAUCUGAGAAUACCCCCUCUCUAUCGCUCGACAGCGAAAACCACCAAGCCGAGGCCUCUCAACAAGUUCACCAGAAUGACCAGGAGAUGUCAGAAUCUACGGAUACCAUUGUCCACGAUCCACCCCACAGCGCCGGUUUCAAUCCUGAUGACCCGACCCAUCCAGCCGCAUAUGCAAAUGAUUUCACGUCCUCACAGAACUACUCCCCUCCCGAAGAUGAGCAGCAGCAUUCGUCCCGCUUCAGUUCGCCGACAAUGGCCUAUCAACCACACCCACAGCAACCAGUUUCACGACCUAGUUCCGGUUUAUCAAACAGAGAUCGAUAUGGAUACACAUCUCAGCCGGAUCAGAAUCAAAAGCAACCCGCGCAACCUUCGAAGAAUAGCGUCGUGAUUAAGGUUGGGAUGGUCGGGGACGCUCAGAUAGGAAAAACAAGCUUGAUGGUCAAAUAUGUGGAAGGAAGCUGGGAUGAGGAUUACAUCCAAACCCUAGGUGUCAAUUUCAUGGAGAAAACGAUCUCGAUUCGCAACACAGAAAUCACCUUUUCCAUCUGGGACUUAGGUGGGCAACGCGAAUUUGUCAAUAUGCUGCCUCUGGUCUGCAACGAUGCGGUUGCUAUUUUGUUUAUGUUUGACCUCACACGAAAGAGCACAUUGAACUCGAUCAAGGAGUGGUACCGCCAGGGUCGUGGCUUCAAUAAAACUGCGAUUCCUUUUCUCAUUGGUACAAAAUACGAUCAUUUCGUGAACUUUCCUCGAGAAGACCAAGAGGAAAUUUCCCUACAGGCUAAACGAUAUGCUAAGGCUAUGAGAGCAAGCUUGAUAUUCAGCAGCACCAGCCACUCUAUAAAUGUCCAGAAAAUUUUCAAAAUCGUUCUCAGCAAGGCCUUUGACCUCAAAUGCACGAUCCCAGAGAUCGAAAACGUGGGCGAGCCAUUGCUGCUGUACAAAUCUGUGUAGCCACGCUAGCGUGGUUCAGUUACUUGUACAUUAAGACGCAUUGACGAAAUACGCUGAAUGGCUUCACGUAACUUGAUGAUUUAUACUUUUUUAACCGCUUAUUUAAAUCUGACGCUCAUGGCGUGGCGGAUGCGAGAUACUCUAUUUCCAAGUCAGGCAUUCUUUCACGAAGCUUUCUUUCGUCUAGAGAACCAUGAUUCCGUCCCGUCACCUGGGAGUAUUUGUUCAUGAGCGGGCACUCUGGGCUUUUUCCUAUCUUGAAGCUGUUCUUAUCUGGCGAAGCGGGGAGUGAAACUCGGCGAUCAUGUAUAGGCAGGUGUUAGUCGAAAUCAAAUGUCCUUUAGAUACAAUUCAAAUGCCGCGUGAGGGUGUAUUUCCUAGUCCAAAGCGUCCGGCAAA